AUGGAAAUGUCAAUAAAAUGCGCAAGUAACAAUCACGACUAUGUAUUCGUGCUUUCACUCUUUUUAUAUAUUCUUUUCGACUUCUUAAUUAAACAUAGAAAUAAUAGUGUCAGGACAACCCUUUUAACAGUUUUAAUGCAUAUGCUUGAGCACCCAAUAAUGUUAAGUAAAACCCCGGGCAUGGUUUACGCAUUGGUACAAAUAUUUGUGCGCUUUUCUGGUAGCCACAUAAGCAUAAAACAUAAUUUAAAAUUAAGCACAAAUGGUGAUAUGCUGUAUGCCUACGUUAUAUAG